AUGCCAGUUAAGAGAAGAAAUCAUGGCCGUUCUAAGAUGAACCGCGGACAUACAAGAACAGUUAAUUGCAUGAACUGCGGCCGCCAAGUUCCAAAGGAUAAGGCAAUCACUCGUUUCGCCAUCAAGAAUAUGGUCGAUGCUUCCUCUGCUAAGGAUGUUUCCGAUGCUUGCAUCUAUCAGGGCUACGAGCUUCCAAAGACAUACCAGAAGCAGUACUACUGCGUUUCUUGCGCUGUCCACCGCCACGUUGUUCGCCCACGUAACGUCAACGUUCGCCGCAACCGUGUUCCACUCUUCCUUAAGCUUAGACUUGAGAAGCUCGAACAGCGCAACGCUCAGCGCCUUUCCAAGGAAUAA